AUCCAUCAGUUGUAUCAAACCUUUUCGAUCGAUUCUAUUAUUAUUGGUUCCACCGAAUUACCCAACUAAACAGUAAAAUGGCUAAAAUCGCAACUUUCGCUGUUGCCGUCCUGUUGGCCCUGGUUGCUUCCGCCUCUACUGGAAAUGUCGAGCAACCUGCUGGAAGCAUCGAAGCUAGAAUUCAGACCGUGGAAGACAUGGCCGCUUUCAAGGCGGCCCAUUCGAAUCUGAAGUUGGUGCCGAUGGAUCUUUUCCGGGGACCCCGGAACCAGUUUAUCUACACCUUCGGAAGCAGAGUUGCAGGUGACAGCCUGGUGGCAUACCUUCAGUACAGCUGGGGACCCGAGGACACACCGUUCGAUUACCACCUGAUGCUAGGCUAUCCACAGUCGGGCCAGGGCUCGGUGGUCAGUUUCGUGCAGGUUAUCGUGAACCAAAGUUCUGCCCUGGGGCAAGCAUAUGUGGUAGCCGGUGGAGUCGGCCAACGCUACAUUCAGGUGCUUGUCGAGGCGUUCGAUACUACGUUCUUCAACUCCUAUACAGAGGUUUUCGGAACGGGCUAGAAAACUCAUUCUGUUCAUACGGUGGUGGGAAUAAAAACAUAUUUGAUUUAACAAAA